AUGUCGGUGUUGUUUUGUUGGAAUGAUCGAGCGAAAGAGAAGCUUUCGUAUGAAAGUAUUCGAAUCGCAACACAACUUCCACAUGCUGAACUCAACAGAACUUUAUUUUCUUUGGUCGCCUUUCCCAAAAUGCGGCACCAAGUAUUGUUAACAGAUUGUUCUCCGCCGAAUCCUCGAGAUUUCACAGAUUCCACGCUGUUCUGGAUUAAUCAGCAAUUUGCUAUUGUUAAGGUGAGUUCAAAUAAAUUCUUGGUCGCUGUCAUGAUAUAUAAUAAUUAUUGUUAG